AUGUAUACUGAAUGGGGAUCUUGGAGUUCUUGUAAUCACUGUGGAGACUCAGGUGAACGAGUUAAAAUAGGUUUAUGCUACGCCCGAACCAGACUAGAUGAUUUUAAGGGCGGUGUUCCUUGUCGUUCUAAUGCCGUGCCAUACAAAGAGAGAUCUAAAUACGGAUACAAUAAACGAAAAGAUGAGAAAAUAAUCGAAUCAUGCCAAGUAAAAUGUCCUCCCAAACCGAAGGAGACUGGUGCCAAAGCAGUCGUGAAGACAUUCGCAUUGUCCGCUGGUAUGCCAACACUACCCAAACUAAUAAAACGAAGGGUGUAUUACGAGGACGUCGGUAGCAAUGCUGAACUUGUUUGUCCAGAAGCUGGAGUAACUCAUGGGGUACGUUGGAUGAAUGGUUCUAAAACUCUCAGUCAACUUGACUUUAUAAAGACCAACAGCCGGUUCCGAAUUGACCAUCUAAACAGAUUGUAUAUCGAGAACGUCCAGUUAUAUGACUCGAGGAACUAUACUUGCUGGUUUGAAAGCAAACAGAUAGCUAUUGUUAUAAUAAAAGUUGUCGAGCCCCCAAGUAUUGAUGAGGACAUGGAAGGGAAUGCUAUGUACGUCUCAAUGGUUCUUGUCUUCAUGGUUGUAUUCUACAUUUUGUUUGGAGUCUGCAAGAAUCGAAAACUUCAGACUAUCCAGUGAAAACCAAGGCUUGGAUGUACACUGAAUCUAUUUUCUUUACGGGCAAGAACACGCAAAAUAAUAAAGAAGAUAGCGAAAGGUAUGGAGCGAAGCGACCAAGCUAACCAUAAAGGCAUUUAGAGAAGAUAACUUAAAUUGCAGGGACAUACAAAGUGCACACUCUGUGUUAGUUUUGUUAACUAUAAGGGGGCAACUGCCCCUCUUGUCUCUCACUCCUCUAGUCCAUCGAAAUGACAAGAAAAAAGGAGAAAAGACUCAUUUCGAAAACAAAGACCAACACCAUGGAGUUGUCCCUAAUUCAAUUGUGAUGCUCAAUAAUAAACCCUCCUUGUUGAAAAACAAACAAAAACAAAACCUAUUGAAAUACUUAAUUGGACAAGUAUUUGGUGACGCCUAAGUGUCGAGAGGUGAAAAAAAAACAAGAGGGUGAAAAUACAAAAAAGCAAGGACUUUAAUUAUCAAAUCCAUGAGAAAUUAUCUAUCUUUAUAUAGCAAUU